CCACAUCCACAUCCACAUCCACAUCCUCCUCGUCAUCUAAACCCCAGUUCCUCCUCCUCCCUGUCUCUCUCUCUCUCUUUUUCUAAAAAAAGCUGGUUGCUUUACUCUGUAAAACCAGAGUAAAAAAAAAGAAAAAAGAAAUCAGUUACUUCUUUCGUUUCUCUUAAUCAUCAUCAUCAUCAUCAUCAUCACCUGUAAAACUCAAAAACAAAAUCAAAACUGGUCUGGUCAUUUCGAUAGCUUCGAUCAUCUUUGUUUCAUUCUCCAGCUUGGGUUUAGUUUAGUGUGGAAUUUUGAUUCAUUGGUAACGAAUUGAACAGGGCCCACCAAACACCGUUAAUGCUCUCUCCAGAACGUGGAAAACAUUUUUCCUCUUUACUGAAGAAUUUUCAGUUUUUAAGGCUUCUCUUUGAAUAAUAAUAAAAAUCCAAACUUUUUUGGGUUUUUUUUUUCUAUAGGAAAUUUUUAAUAUUUGCAAAAUUCAGAGAAAAGUUUUAAACUUUAAAUUGGAUUUGUGUCUAUUAGUUCAAAAUUGGGAUGCAGGACAUAAGUAGAUGGUUACCUUUUUUGUGUAUUAAUUGUUUUAUUUCUCCUUUUAGGGAUUUUUUUGUGUGUAGAUUCUCUGGUUUUAGAUGAUACAAAUGUUGAUCUCUAUAGCUUAAAUUGAUCGAAUCCAAAAGUUACAAUUGAAAAUCUUUAUCUGGGUUUUGAGGAUUUAGAGGAGAUUUUAGGGUUCUGGGUUUUUGUGUGUUAUAGAGUCAAAAGAUUAGAUUUUUAGUUUCCUUGAGGAAGUAGAAAUGGCGGCAAGAGUAGAAGCAUCAUCAAUUGGUGGUGGUACUGGUGAGAUUGAUGAAGAGGGUGUUGAUGGGAGAGGUACUAUGUGGGAUUUGGAUCAGACACUUGAUCAAAAUAUGGAUGAAGAAGCUGGUCAGCUCAGGAACAUGUAUAAAGAAAAGAAAUUCUCGGCGUUUUUGCUUCUGCAGCUUUCGUUUCAGAGUCUUGGUGUUGUUUAUGGAGAUUUGGGAACUUCUCCUCUAUAUGUUUUCUAUAAUACAUUUCCUCGUGGGAUCAAAGACCCUGAAGAUAUCAUUGGAGCUCUAUCUCUAAUCAUAUAUUCCCUCACACUCAUCCCUCUCCUCAAAUAUGUGUUUGUUGUAUGCAAAGCAAACGAUAAUGGUCAAGGUGGAACAUUUGCUCUCUAUUCUUUACUCUGUAGACAUGCAAAAGUGAGCACAAUUCCAAACCAACACCGUACUGAUGAACAGCUUACAACUUAUAGCCGUAAUACAUUUCAUGAGCAUUCUUUUGCUGCAAAAACCAAGAGAUGGUUAGAAAAAGGCACCUCUAGGAAAAAUUCGCUACUUAUUCUCGUUCUUCUCGGUACAUGCAUGGUGAUUGGUGAUGGAAUCCUUACUCCCGCCAUUUCGGUCCUAUCUGCUGCGGGUGGACUCAGGGUAAACCUUCCUCAUAUAAACAACGGUGUAGUUGUUCUUGUUGCGGUUGUGAUAUUAGUGAGCUUGUUUAGUGUACAACAUUAUGGAACAGAUAAGGUUGGGUGGCUUUUCGCUCCCAUUGUGUUUCUUUGGUUUCUCUUUAUUGCAAGUAUCGGUAUCUUCAAUAUAUGGAAACAUGACCCAACCGUUUUGAAAGCCUUUUCCCCUGUUUAUAUAUAUCGAUAUUUUAAAAGAGGUGGUCAAGAUCGCUGGACCUCACUUGGAGGCAUUAUGCUUAGUAUCACAGGGAUUGAAGCUCUCUUUGCAGAUCUAUCGCACUUUCCAGUCUCGGCUGUGCAAUUGGCUUUUACUAUUAUUGUGUUUCCUUGCCUCCUUUUGGCCUAUAGUGGACAAGCUGCGUACCUUAGAAAGUACCCUCAUCAUGUAGAAGACGCAUUUUAUCAAUCCAUUCCAAAAAAUGUAUAUUGGCCAAUGUUCGUCAUUGCAACUGCUGCUGCAACAGUUGCAAGCCAAGCCACAAUAUCUGCAACUUUCUCAUUGAUCAAGCAAGCUUUGGCUCACGGUUGUUUCCCUAGAGUUAAAGUCGUGCAUACUUCCCAGAAAUUUCUUGGUCAGAUUUACGUUCCAGACAUCAACUGGAUCCUCAUGAUUCUUUGCAUAGCUGUCACUGCCGGAUUCAAGAACCAGAACCAGAUAGGAAAUGCUUAUGGGACUGCAGUUGUGAUUGUCAUGCUCGUGACAACGCUUCUCAUGAUGCUGAUAAUGAUACUUGUUUGGCGAUGCCAUUGGGUUCUAGUCUUCUUAUUUACCUUUCUAUCCCUUGCCGUGGAAUGCACUUACUUCUCGGCGGUGCUCUUCAAAGUUAACCAAGGCGGAUGGGUUCCGCUGGUCAUCGCGGCCGCGUUUCUCGUCGUCAUGUAUGUCUGGCACUAUGGAACACUCAAGAGGUAUGAGUUUGAAAUGCAUAGUAAAGUCUCAAUGGCUUGGAUUCUUGGGCUUGGUCCUAGCCUUGGUCUUGUCCGUGUUCCUGGGAUAGGCCUUGUUUACACCGAGCUAGCUAGUGGAGUCCCUCACAUUUUCUCUCAUUUCAUCACAAACCUGCCGGCAACUCACUCCGUUGUGGUCUUUGUCUGCGUCAAGAACCUUCCCGUCUACACUGUCCCCCAGGAAGAACGGUUCCUUGUAAAAAGAAUCGGACCCAAAAACUUUCACAUGUUCCGCUGCGUCGCCAGGUAUGGAUACAGAGACUUGCACAAGAAAGACGACGACUUUGAGAAACGUCUCUUUGAAAGCCUCUUCCUUUUUGUCCGCCUCGAAUCAAUGAUGGAAGGUUGCUCGGAUUCAGACGAUUACAGUGUCUGUGGAAGCCAAAAACAACAGUCCAGAGACGGGGUUGGGAAUGGGAACGAGAUUAGGAACGUGUCGACGUUUGAUACAUUUGAUUCUAUAGAGUCGGUUAUAGCUCCAUCAGGUGCAACAAAACGGACGAGCAACACCAUAACAGGGUCGAGCCAGAUGAGCGGAGUAGGGGACGAGGUGGAGUUCAUAAACAGGUGCAGAGACGCAGGAGUGGUGCAUAUAAUGGGGAACACAGUGAUCCGAGCUAGGAGAGAGGCGAGGUUUUACAAGAGGAUAGCUAUUGAUUAUGUUUAUGCGUUUCUUAGGAAGAUUUGUAGAGAGAACAGUGCCAUUUUCAAUGUUCCUCAGGAGAGCCUUUUAAAUGUCGGCCAGAUUUUCUAUGUAUAGAAACAAUGCAUAGAUGCUUCAUGUAAAAUGUUAGGCAUGAUUGUUUUGAUUAUAUAAUAGUAUGUUGUUUGAAGCUGUUUAAAGAA